AUGACGUGGAGCUCAUCUGUAGGCAUUGUUGUGAACGCCGAAUUGGAGGCGUUGGCGGAUAUCUUUGUGGUCGGCAGCACGACAAGCUAUUGUGACGAGUUUGUCGGUCCCCGCCGCGUUGACCGUUACGACCAGGCUGUCAAGGGGCUGUUGGCAGGACACAACAGGGUAGUGCCGGCGAGAAAGAAAAAAGUGCACCGUCACCAGCCUGUGUUUCGGAGCAACUUGUUGGGUAUUGGCGUCACGGUCGACGGCGUGGGGCUGGACGCGUCGCUACAGGCCAUGGAGUACGUCAAAGCCACCAAUAUCGUCGGUAUGGUGUUGUGGAACGCCCCCAACAUACUGGAAAAAGCCUAG